AUGUUCGAAGCCGAUAACGAGGAAGACGAACGUGAAGAUGAGUUCACCAAGUCGUACCAUCGUUAUGACUCGUUUGCCCCGGUGCGUCAUGAAGCCCAAGUCAAGUACUUUAUUGAUGGUCACGAUUACUGCUGGGCAGUAGCGGAGGCUAUUGAGAACGCGCGCCAAGUCAUCUUCAUCGAGGAUUGGUGGCUGUAUCUCCGCCGUCCUCCUGCUAAAUACCCCGAAUACCGCAUUGAUAACUUGUUGAAGCGAAAGGCUGAAGAAGGUGUCAAGAUCUUUGUCGUUGUUUACAAGGAAGUUUCCAUGGCAUUGACCAUCAACAGCGAGCACACCAGGGAUGUUUUGGAGAACCUUCAUGAAAACAUUAUUGUCCAACGUUCGCCUGACUUUACAUUGAAGGGCUUGAACGCAUACUGGUCUCAUCACGAAAAGUAUGUUGUUGUGGAUAACAAGAUUGCUUUCUUGGGUGGUCUGGAUCUCUGCUUUGGUCGCUGGGAUACGCAUGCUCAUCACCCAGGUGACUUCUUUGAUGGAACUGGCCAUGAGAUCUUCCCUGGUCAGGACUAUAACAAUGCUCGCGUUCGUGAUUUUGAAGGAGUUAACGAAUGGGACCGUCGUUUAAUUGACAAAACCUCGCUUCCCAGAAUGCCUUGGCACGAUGUUUCGCUUUGUAUGGUUGGUGGCCCUGUCCUUGACGUAGGCCGUCACUUUACUGAACGCUGGAAUUACAUCAAGACCAAAAAGAACAUGGACAAUGAGCGCGUCUUGUUCUUGAAGCCAGCCUUGGGUGGUUUUGGUCAUCAUCAACACUUUUCUAUUCCCGACGACGCGGACGAAGUUGCUGCCCAUCGUACGUACCGCUUUAUGCACGGUACACGUGAUGUGAAGGGUACAUGCCGUACCCAAAUCCUUCGUAGCGCAGGCGACUGGAGCUUGGGUUUGGAUGAGACCGAACAUUCGAUCCAGAAUGCAUACAUUGCUGCUAUCCACGGAGCUGAGCACUAUAUUUACAUUGAGAACCAGUUUUUCAUCACUUCAACCGAGAAGGAUGACGACUUUGUGAUCAAAAACGCGAUCGGUGAAGCUAUCGUGAAGAGAAUCAACCGUGCCCAUGAAGAGCGCGAACCCUUCAAGGUGUACGUGUUGAUGCCAUUGAUGCCUGGUUUCCCUGCAGAGCUUAGCACCAAGGAAGCUUCCAACCCCAGAAUGAUCAUGCAUUACCAGUACAUUUCGAUCUGCCGUGGUGGUCGCAGUAUCAUUGAAAAGCUCGAGCAAAACGGAAUCAACGCCAGCGACUAUAUUAGUUUUUACAGCUUAAGAAACUAUGACAAGAUCGCCCGCCAAAAGACAGAAGAAAUGCUAGCUCAAGUGGAUGGCUAUUCCAAGUCUUACAACAACGGCUAUGGACAAGGCGUUGAAGGAGAAGUUGAAUAUGCUGCUGUCUCUGAAGUGGGCGACGGACGAGAAGAUAAAAACCAUGACUUUGUUUCGGAAGAGCUGUACAUCCACUCCAAGCUUCUUAUUGUUGACGACCGUCUCGUCAUCAUGGGCUCGGCUAACUUGAACGACCGUAGUCAGUGCGGUGAAAGAGACUCAGAAAUUGCGUUGUUGGUUGAAGACCAAGAUAUGAUUCCCUCCCAAAUGAAUGGCAAAUAUUAUGAAGCCGGCCGAUUCGCCGCCACACUCCGCCGUCAAUUGUGGAAGGAGCAUUUGGGCUUGCUUACGGACUAUGACAGACCAUUGGACGAAGUGACCGACGAUAUGCUUCCAUUGCCUGUGCCUCAGGUCGACCACACCGAGUCCGAAGAAGAUCGCUUGGUGAUGGAUCCGCUUUCCGAAGAGACCAUUAACUAUGUCAGCGAGAUUGCUGCCAACAACACCGAUGCCUUCCGCCAGGUGUUCCACUGCGUUCCUGAGGACAGUGUACACAACUGGGAUGAGUACAAAGAAUUCUACCCCGACCAAGGCAGAGUGGAGAUCGGCCACGUCUAUGACCGUGACAUGCCCGUGGAAGAUAUCCGGGAUCAACUUAGCCGUGUGCGAGGCCAUCUAGUCGAGUUCCCUCUCGAGUUCUUGAAGGAUGAGGAUCUUGCUGGCGAAUCCAUCCCCUUUAUUACGAAUAUGAUGGAAGAGCUGUACACUUAG